UUUACCGAUAACGGUGCACCGCCGGAAAAAUAACCGGGAAAGUCGAGCCCCGGGCGCGAGCUGUCGCGUCCUCGUGCUUCAGGACCUGGCGGACAACGGCCGGCCAUGGCGGAUACGACGUCCACCGCCAAGUCCUUCUGUAUCGACGCCCUUCUGGCACGCGGAGGUCCAGACGCGACGUCCAGGUCGCCCGGAGGGUCUCGUAGCCCCUCGGACGCCGGGAGCCCACCUCCCAUGCCGACGGUGACUUCUGUGCCGUCUUCAGUGGCUGCUGCGGUUGUGGCUGCUGCUGCAUCCUCUGGGAGACUUCUUGGGGCCCUUCCUGGUUAUCCCAUGCUGGGUGCGCAUCCUCUUUAUGGAAUCUCCGGUCACGGUGGAGGGAUGGCUGCUGGAGGACUGCCUCCGUUGAUUCCAGGCAGCGCUUUUCACCCGACUUUGGCAGAUCACGGGCUCAAGUCGCAUGUUUCCUUGGAGUGGCUGGCUCGGUCGGCUGGGUUCUACCCGAGGCCCGCCGAUGUGGCAGGACAGCCCCAGGCCGCUCUCCUGGGUAAAACCCGGCGACCGCGGACAGCGUUCACGAGUCAACAGCUACUAGAACUGGAGAAUCAGUUCCGCAUGAACAAGUACCUCUCGCGGCCCAAAAGGUUCGAGGUUGCCACGAAUCUCAUGCUCACCGAAACGCAGGUGAAGAUCUGGUUCCAAAACCGGCGCAUGAAAUGGAAACGAAGCAAGAAAGCUCAACAAGAAUCUAAAAGCAGAACUUCCGAGAAGAGUGAACAGUCGCAGCAAACACCGGCGGUUCAACCAGCGCAAUCCCCGGUUCACCAGACGACCGGUCAUCACCAUCACCACCACCACCACCGGCCCAGCUUGAUUGUGUCCAGCUCGGGAUCCGACUACCCGGACUCGCCACCGAGGGACCUGCACAUCCGAAUGCCAGACAGCGAAAGCGUCUCCUCAAGAGGGAACAGUGACGUGGAAUCAGAUCUUGUCCUAACGCCUGGACCGGACAGCAAUAGUGCGACACUGUGCUCCCCACCGGGACACCGGAAUGCAGAUCUUAUCUAUCGGCCCUAUGUAGUGUAAUCGAUUUCGUUUAGAGACGGCACACGUGACUGGUGCUGAUACUGAGAGUGACCUUCGACGCCGACAGUUCUUCGGCACCUUUCAAGUGCUGCAGUGUGAGUUACCAGAGUCACGACGGUGGGUUUACCAGGCAGGGCUGACGCCUCUAGUCCGUAGGUGUAGAAGACAUGAUCAAAGAAAGGCGAAGCGCUGUCGACAGGAUUUGAAAUGGCGACUCUUUACUACGAUUGUGAUUGUGACAUUUUACGUCUAUUCUGAUGCGAGGAGUCAACAGAUGAUAGUGUCAACGCGUGCCCCGGUUUCUUUCAGCCGUAGAUGACAGCUGCAUAUUCAUAGCAAAUGGCCUGCCAUUUCUGUCACUAGAAGAAUAUGCUUUGCUGUGAUUCAGACUGUAAUCUCAAAAUUUCGAGGUUACAUACAAUAUCAGCCAUCGACUUUUCUUUGUAGACAUUGCUAGUUUGUGUCGGAAAGUAUAACGCACAUAUAGAAUCCAGUACCGUCUUCAGUCCAAACGGCAGUAACAAGACAAAGUACAGCAUGACAUUACAUGCACGUAAGAGCUGAUCCUUACAGGGCAUCAUAUUUAGACCGGCCAAUACGUAUCUCCACAUCUGAGAAGCGUGUACUUCCGCACAAGCAUUUCUGCUGGCACUCAGGCAUGCCAGGAGCGAUCCAUGAGUACAGAUGCAUUGGCUCACGAACAUGAAGCAGGCAUAGAAGUGAAGGCGAGAAGUGUGUCUGCUCACAAGAUGUCACAGUGGCGCCUUUGGUGUCGUGGAGGGGCAAAAUUACAAACUGUGAACCGUCUGCCUGCUCAUAACAAAGAACUCGUGGUUCCUUCUCAAUACAGGGUGUACGCACAUGUGAACUGUAUAAAGCAUUCUAUAUAGAACAUUGACAUUUGCCAUCGUCGUACCUCAGCAUGUACAUAACUGUUCCACUAAAUGUUUUAACAAUGCA